CCACGCCACGCUCUUCCCGUAAUUAGCCACCCUGCGAAAUCUGUCUAUAUCCGCAUAGGAACCGUAAUAAACGUAGGAACGCACCAGCAACGCUAACAUACGAGCGAAUAAUGGUGUACAGUCGACAAGAGAGACAUCGCGUAGUUCUGCUCCAGACGUCGUGUUACAUGGGUGAUAAUUAGUAUCGUUUGUGCAUUCAUUUUGAUUUUGUGGAAGUAGAGAAGUUGAUCCAAAAUGGCAAAGGAAAUCCUAACCAAGGAAAUUGACGCGUUCCUGAUAAGUCCAAUCGUGACAUGGUUCUCCAGUUGCUUGAAUGGAAGAAGCGGCAAUGUUCAGCUCACUUACGAAGAGCUAGUCGAUGGAGUUUUUAUCUACGACGUAAUCUUACAAAUGGAUAUCGACGGCCAAAGUAACGACGUCACGCCCGCGCACAACAACCCCGGGAAACGUCUCGCCAACCUCGAAAGCGUGCUGCAUCUUAUCCGUCAUUUCUACGAGGAUCAUCUUGGGCAAGUGAUUUUGCGUUUGCCCCGAAUUCAUCUCAUCGCUCAGGAGCCACGAUCGAAUAUCUGUCAAGUUGAAUUACUUCUCCUACUUCUUCUUGGCUGUGCUGUGAAAUGUCGAAAUAAUGAAUAUUUCGUCCACAAGAUUACGCUGCUCGACGAGGACACGCAAGCGGCUCUCGCUGCGGCUAUCAGCAAGAUAUUACACGUGCCUGACAUAGUACUCAGCAAGGAAAUGUUGUUGAUCGAUUCUGCCGAAGAAGAGCAACUUUUCAAUCACAAGCAGAAGGUUCAGCAAGCUAUUGAGGGCUUCAGUCGGAUGAGCAAAGAAAGGAAUGAGCUGCUCGCGCAAUUAUACUCAGCAUCGUCGCAAAAUGUUGUACAAAGUUGCAAGAAGGAGCUGUACGAGUGGGAAGCUGAGGUCAUAGUGUUGACUGAUCAAGUGGAUCAUUACAAACGUAAUGUCGCCUCACUCGAGAGCGAGAAUAAACGAUUACUUUCCGAAGUGGAAUGUCACCGCGAAACACUGGAAGACAUCUCGGAGCUAAUGCAACAGCAAGAACAAUCUAGUCAGGAGCUUGGUAAUUAUAAAGAAAAACUGAAGAAAAUGUCAUCCUACAAAACACUCUUCGAAAAGUCGGAGCUAAAGAAUCGAUUGCUAAUCGAGGAAAUAGAUAAAAUUGAUACCCAAUUGAAAUCCGACAAAGCGGAGUUUGCGAAGAGAAUGCGAGAAAUGAAGCGGGAGAUCCGUGUACUACAGCGAAAGAAUCACGACUUGGAGACUGAAAACCAAGCGAACUGCACGCGGAACUUCCAAAUUUGCGAAGAGAAUGCCGAUUUGAAACGUCGCGUUAAAUUUUCAAAUUCAAUGAACGUCUAUCUUGACGACAGUUUCGAUGUCGAGGCCGAUGAGACGUUCAACCAGCGCAACAACAAUAGUCUUUCCGAGGAGCUUUCUCAAAGCGUCCACUCACAAGUGCUCAAACUCGACCUGGAAAGUCGUCGGUUGAAGAUUCUCGAAGAGAAUUCUGUUCUGGAGAAUUCACUUCAACUUCAUGAUUUAGAAAAGGAGAAGAAUCGGCUUGAAUCUAUUGUUAAAGAUCUAAACGCUAAGGUAGGUAAGCUCGAAGAAAAGUUGACGUCGGCGAAUAUAGAAAAUAUGCAAUUGAGAGAUUCGGUGCGCAGUGCUGAGAAUAUUGCAAAAGAAUUGGAAAAUACGGUAUUUAAACUCGAGUGUGAAAAAAAUAGGGAAGAGAAAUCGAUCGAUGCAAUGCAAAUAAACUUAGACGAAGAUAGCGAAGAUUACAGUAGUGACGAAAAUUUGAUCAUGAGUGUACCAGAGAGAUCAACGAUGCACCCGGUUCAGUUAAAUCUAUAUUCGAACAGUGAUGAUCGGAUGGAGCUGCAGGAGAGAAAUUCGAAUGAGGUAAAUUUCAAUUUGAUACAAUACAGUGAAGAUGACUCGUCGGAUGAAGUUAGCAUUGAAUACGUAAAUCUGAAGCACGAUUUUACUCUUCUGAUGAAGGAAUACCGCAAAGAAAAAUUAAAGGUCGACGAGUUGACGGAACGUCAUAAAGAUUAUGAAAAACAGUCGCAGAAGAAGACAUUCCAGUUCAACAACGAGAAUCGUCUGCUUCGCGUGGAGGUAGAGAAUUUAACGGAUGAGAAAGCGCGACUGCAAAAUGACAUUGCAAAGUUGCAAAAGAUGAUGUCGAAGAUGUAUGAAUACAAUGAUGAAUUGAUAGCGAAAACAUUUGAGACGCAGGAGCAAUAUCACAAGGAAGAUAAGAAGAAAGACCAGACUUUGCACAAUCUGGCUCGUGCCAAAGCGAAACUCGAGGAAAAGCUCAUGUGUCAAUUUCGCGAGAUGGAAAACCGGCGAGAGACGAAGAAACGCAGCGCGGCGAUUAGCGCUGUGAAGAAUACGAUUACAAAAGUCCAAAGAGCUGGCUCGGAAUUGUUCAGCAAGGCCAAACGCUCGAUCGCGGACGACAUCAACGCGGAACGCAACAAGCCUCUGGAUGACGAGGCGAACGCAAGUAGAUUCGAGAACUUUGCCAUGCCGAGAAAAGACAGGUCUAGCGAUUCUUCGCGGAGCUCCAGUCCGGAAAGGUUCUCACUGAGCUAUAAGGAUAAUCGAUGGUGAGGUGAUUGCGCAAGUUGCGCACGGGACGUAAAUAAAUUAGCGUGUGAAUGACUUAUUCCGUAAAUAAGCCAAUGGAAUGUUCAAAGUGUCAUAUUGUACAUAAAGUAUGUAUAUAGUAAUGUGAUGAAUGGAGAGCAACGUGUCCAUUAGGCCAUUAGGGUAUUGUAAAUUUAAGAACAAAAAUUGUAAAUUAGGAACAAGAAUUUGUUCUUGUAUUUUAAGCUAUGAAACUAGUAGCGUAAACAUUUUCUAAAAACGUAAUGGAGCUGUGUGAAGGUGUCUAGUGUCCAGUAAGGUUUUGAUUUAGACAAUUUUAUCAAAGUUUGUUUUGAAGUAUUUUGACUCGCUAAUCAUGAAGUUCGAGGGCGGUUUGCGAUUCGACAGAUUAAGCUGAAAUCAUGAAUAAUUCUGUUAAUUCAAGUCACCGGGAAUGUAUUUGAAAAUCAUUUUAACACGUAUUGAGGAUGUUUUGACAAAACAAUUGUAAUUAAUAAGUAUUUACUGUACGUUACAUGUGACAUGCAAAAUUUGAUGCAAAAAAUACUAGCUCGCAUAUCAUAAUGUCGAUCGAAAGUACAAUAAAAAAUCUAAAUGGUAAGUGAUAAUAUUUUUGUAAAAAUAUUGUUUAUUAUUAAAAUGAAAUUUCUGCAUCCAUUAAAGCUAUUGAUUCUAAUUAUUUUUAAAUAUUCGUAAAAUUCUGAACUAUCAAACUACCGAUGCAAACAUAUCUUUUCAACAAUAUUCAAAAAGUUAUUAAUUUUUAUUAAUAGUGAAUAUAUCUCGAAAAGUUAAUUUUUUAUUUAUUAUAAAGUCGACUGAUCGAUACCUAUUACUCAGUAUGAAUCACAAUUGCACAUUUUAUGACUGACCAAAAUUUGCUACCUGCCUUGUUAGACAGGUGAUGUCAAAUAUGUACUUAGCAUUUAUUCCAAUGAGAUUAACUACGCUAAUAAAUUAUCUGCAGGAAAUGUACAUUUUCCGCACAUGUAGAGAAAAAUGCUAAAUUGAUUAGCCUGCUUAGAUUUUCGAUGAGCAUUCAAAAUUGUAUUAUUCGAAAAAUUUAUGCGAAAUUUUAUGCGAAAAGUUACUUGAAUUUUUAUUUAUUUUUAUUAGCAUUUUACAGUAACAAAUUGAACUCUCACAAAAAUGCUAU